AGCGGCUGCUCAGGCCAGUUUUGCUGCUGUUGGUGCCAAGGGCAAACAGGGAUAAGGAAGGCACGACGAGAAAAAGGCUGAGGCCGAUGGGGAACGUGCCAGACCUUUGCUCAGCAAACAAAAGAUCACUUUGUAAAGCCACUGAGGGAGCAGGGAGAGCGUUUCGGAGGGCCUGGCUGCGGGGAAGAUAUCGGACCAAAGGUUCUUACCUUGCCCUGGGGUAGAAUAUGCCGUUUCCAUCCAAAGGCCACCGGAGCCAGCCUUGCAAAUAACGCGUGGCAAUAUCCAAGCGAUCGGCUGGGGCGCAGGAGGGAGCAGCUAAUAGGGAUGGGUUUGCCAGACAAAGGCUUCACCCGGUUGGAGAUGCUGGUGUUUGUCCUGCUGUUGGCUCCAAACAUUCAAAUGUUGUGGGCCAAGAUCCACCUCCAAACUGUAAAAGAGUUGGUCAAGAGCGUGGGCGAAAUGUAAUGAUGAGUGUUUCAUCGAGGUCUGGAGCGCAGCUGGUUUUGUUAGGCUGCUGGAGGGCUUUUUUGUUGCUCAGACGGUACUUUCUGUACCAGGAAAGAUGGAAGAGCGUUUUAAAUAAGCUAUUUGCCUCCGUGGCGUGUUUCUGUUCUGGUCGUGGGACAUAAGCGUGUUGUGGGGAGGAAUUUCAUGGCUCAUAGCGACAUGUACCAGGCCUGUAAGGUGACUUUAUUUCCCACUUCUCCCCAAGAAUUGCUAAGUCUUAACAUGUAAAACAGAAACGCGGUUCGAAGCGUGGUCGCUUUUUUUUUUGCCCUGAGCUGCCGUGUUGCAUGACACAGCUGCGCUGAUAAGCGGCGCGGGGCAGCACGCCAAGCCUGUGCUGUCCUGUGCAAACAUUAACUUUAGUUUCUUCUGUAAUAAACCUAAAGGAGUUCUGUUUCUCGCAUGACUCAGGAUGGUCACAAGACGAUUGAAUGCUGUGGAGGAUUGAGCUCAAAAUUGGUGGGUGAAAUAGGCGUGUGUGACUUGUAUCUUUCACUGUUGCCCUUGCCCUCUGUGCCUGGAAGGCAGACAGUCUGGAGGACUCUGGGUCCUUUAUUUCCUGCUCCGUAUUCCCUCGUUAGUUCUGAUGUCAUCACGUUACAAUGUCAUUGCCCUUAAUAAGGAACUGAAAACCAAAAAAAAAAUACACUGGCGUAGUUUCCGCAGUGUUUUACUGCCCGUUUUGGGGCAGCACAGCACGAAUAUGCCUUACGGAAACUCAGCUCUUACGUGUGCUGUUUCCGUGUAUUUCUUAUCAAGAAUUAGAUGAGAAUUGAGGAGAUUAUUCUUAUCAGAUCUUCUUCCUGGAGGAGUAUUGGGGUUUGCAGCAGGAGUCGGUGCAGGAGUUGAUCUCGAGAGUUGUGUAGCUGUGCUCGAGCUACUUGGGUGAAGCGAGUUGUGCGCUGUGCACGCUCCAUGUGCUUUUAGAUCUUUUGAGACUUUUCUUAGCUUUCAGUAUGGUCCGGGAAACCUCAGGUUUUGAAAGUACAGCUUUCUUGGCUCUUUCUGCCCUGCACAAGCCCACCUUGUUGAUCUCCAAGGCUGGGGUGUCCCAAGCUCUGAGCCCGGCUUGCCGGCAGUGUCCUGAGCUGGUUGAGGGAUUUCCUCUCAUUUCUCCUGUGCUGAUUGUAUUAGUUUUCAUCGAACACCUCCUGAGGCAGGUGUGGCUGGAAAAGGGGAGGUGGGACUAGCCUCUUGGAUACGCAGGCUGGGAUCUGCAGGGUGUAAUUACCCGGCAGGAGUCUAGCCGCGUCGUCUGAUGACUCUUCUUCAUUUGAGACCUUUCCAGGCCACCUCCAAGUUUGUAUUUUACGGGUGCCUUUUCUUGGCCACGUCCAUUAAUGCCAGGCAGUGGGUCUUUUGCAGCGAGGCUGCUUUGGUUGCACCCCUGCCCUUCCCUCCUGUGAUGUACGCAGCUUUGGCCCCGAGCAGUCCUGCGGCAGACCAGCCGGGGCUGGAAUGUGGUAAAGGUCAAAGGAAGCAGCUGAAUCUUGUAGCUGCCUUGUGCUGGACAAACAAAGGAAGGUGAUAAGGAACAGGUGAAACUAAUGGCCAGGAGCCCCGUCGUUCUGUGGGUCAGGGUCCAGUGAGCGAGACGCAGACACCGAGUCAAAGAUGGAGCACCUCUUUUGGAGGAGAAGGGAGCAGCGAGGGCCUUCGGUGCCCGGGACACAUCACGCUGUCUUGCUGGAGCCACCAAACAAGCCAGAAAUCGGCCUGGAUGGGAGAUGCUGAUCCCAGAUGGACCCCGCUUUGUACAUAUCCCAGAAGUCUUCUUGUUGGAGAGCUGUUUUCUGUGGCACGUCCUAGCCCUUCUGGGAUCCCCCUUUGCAGGAGGAUAUCUCUGCUUUCUGGACAUGAACAACCUGGAGGAAGGGGUGGAGUUCCUCCCUGCCAUGAACUCCAAGAAGAUGGAGAAGCGUGGCCCAAAGCGGCAGGUGGUCGUCACCGUCGUGAUCGUUGUUUUCCUGCUCGUCUCCCUCGUCACCGGCCUCCUGGUUUGGCACUUCAAAUACAGGAACGCGCCCGUCCAGAAGAUUUUCAACGGCCACUUGCGGGUUCUGAACUGGGACUUCAUUGACGCUUACGAGAACUCCAGCUCGACGGACUUCAUCAUGCUGGCCAGGAAGGUGAAGAGCACGGUGGAGGAGAUCUACAGGAGUCAUGCAGAUAUUGGCCCUUACCACAAGGAGACAGUGAUAACUGCGUUCAGUGAAGGCAGCGUCAUUGCCUACUACUGGUCGGAGUUUGUUGUCCCCAAGUACCGGGAGGAGAGCCUGGACAGAGCGAUGGCGGACAAGCAGAGCCUGGUCCAGAGGUGGAACCCCCGGCUGCGGAACCCCACGCUGAAGGUGGAGUCGGUCGUCGCUUUCCCUGCCGACCCCAGCAUAGCUCACUCCGCUCGGGACAAGAGCUGCAUGUUUGCCCUCCACGCCAAGGAAGGGGAGAUCACCAGUUUCACCACGCCGGGCUUCCCCAACAGCCCUUACCCCAACAACGCGCUCUGCUACUGGACGCUGAGGGCGGACGCCAACUCCAUCAUCAGCCUGACCUUCAAGACUCUGGAGCUGGAGCAGUGCACAGAGGACGGGGACUACAUCAAGGUGUACAACUCUCUGAGCCCCGUGGAGCCCCACGCUUUGGUCAGGCUCUGUGGGAAUUACGCCCCUUCCUACAACCUGACCUUCCUCUCCUCCCAGAACGUCAUGCUCGUCACGUUGGUUACCAACAAGGAGGGGAGAUUCCCCGGCUUUAAGGCUGAGUUCUUCCAGCUCCCGAAGAUGAAAGUCUGCGGUGGGACUCUGAAAGGAGAGAGCGGCACCUUCACGACUCCCUAUUACCCGGCACACUACCCGCCAGCCAUGGACUGUGUCUGGAACAUCGAGGUUCCCCCUAAAAAGAACGUGAAGGUGCGUUUCAACAUGUUCUUUGUGGUGGAGCCCGGCAUCCCAGUCAGCUCCUGCACCAAGGACUACGUGCAGAUCAACAGCACGAGGUACUGCGGGGAGCGUUCCCAGUUUGUGGUGGCCAGUACUACCAACAAAAUAGAGGUCCAGUUCCACUCAGACCAGUCCCACACGGACACUGGCUUCUCUGCCGAGUACCUGUCCUACGACUCCAGCGAUCCCUGCCCUGGCAAGUUCGCCUGCAACACCGGCCGCUGCAUUGACCGAAGCAUGCGCUGCGACGGGUGGCUGGACUGCGUCGACGGCAGCGACGAGAGAUCCUGCACCUGUACCGACCAGCAGUUCAAGUGCCAGAACGGCUGGUGCAAGCCCAAGUUCUGGGUCUGCGACAACGUGAACGACUGCGGCGACAACAGCGACGAGCUGCAGUGCAGUUGCGCAGCCGACAGCUUCAAGUGCAGCAGCGGGAAGUGCAUCCCCGACGCACGGAAGUGUGACGGCAAGGACGACUGCGGGGACGGGAGCGACGAGGGCAGCUGCAGCAAGGUGGUCCACGCGACGGUCCCCUGCAAGGAAUACACGUACAAAUGCCGCAGCGGGCACUGCAUCAGCAAGCAGAACCCGGAGUGCGACGGGGAGCGGGACUGCGACGACAAUUCUGACGAGGACAACUGCAACUGCGGGAUCCGCUCCUACACCAGGACGUCGCGGAUCGUCGGCGGGCAGAACUCGGAGUCGGGAGAGUGGCCGUGGCAGGUCAGCCUCCACGUCAAGGGCCAGGGCCACAUCUGCGGGGCCUCGCUGGUCUCCGAGAGCUGGCUGGUGUCGGCCGCGCAUUGCUUCCUGCAGCUGCAGGGCAUCAGGUACUCGGAGCCCAGCCUGUGGACAGCCUACCUGGGCCUGACCGACCAAGGCAACCGCAACGGCCCCAACGUGCAAACGCGGAAGAUCAAGCGCAUCAUCUCCCACCCCUACUUCAACGACUACACCUACGACUACGACAUCGCCGUGCUGGAGCUGCAGAGCCCCGUCACCUUCUCCUCCGUCGUCCAGCCCAUCUGCCUGCCCGACGCCAGCCACAACUUCCCCGUGGGCAAGGACUUGUGGGUGACGGGCUGGGGAGCCACCGUGGAAGGAGGCAGCGGAGCCUCCAUCUUGCAGAAAGCAGAAAUCCGGCUCAUCAACCAGACGGUCUGCAACCAGCUGCUGACGGACCAGCUGACGGAGCGCAUGAUGUGCGUGGGGAUCCUGACGGGCGGCGUGGACGCUUGCCAGGGUGACUCCGGGGGGCCCCUGGUCAGCGUGGAGGCCAGCAGCCGCAUGUUCCUGGCCGGCGUGGUGAGCUGGGGUGACGGCUGCGCGCAGAGAAACAAGCCCGGAGUCUACAGCCGCCUCACCAGCCUGCGGGACUGGAUCAGACAGCAGACGGGCCUUUAGGGCCAUGGACACCUCUUGCACACCACCAGCUGGGACACUUAGAACUGUCACAGCCUCUACUGUGAACUUCAACCCUCCCUCUACCUCGCCGCAACCGCCCAGGACUCCCCCUGGGCCCCGGACAGCCCAAGUCAUGUUUUGGUUUAGCCCUUUGCAUUCCCAACUCAGAAAUCAGUUUCCCUGUGUGGGUAAGUCAGCACUGCUCCACUUGAACGAGCAGUCAUUCAAGAUAGGUAUAACAGUAAACUUAAACUUAGAAAACAUAAAAAAAAAAUUAAAUUAAAAAAAAAAAAAAGAAAAAAGACAAACACUUUGUGUUUUAGAGGCAAACUUUAUUGGACGGGUUCAAAAACAAGCUUUUAGAAUAUAUUCUAUCUCCUUCGUUUGUUUUCAAACUGCCAUCCGCACCCCUUUGUCUGGUCUUCAGUCUUGGGGGGGGGGGAAGAAGUUCUUACCAUGGUUUGGGGGGGAUCCCCCUUGGGAUCCCUCCCUCGGUGGUGUCCCACGCCGUGGUCUCCGUCCUCUGGCCGACUUGGCUUCUGGUCGUGACGAGUCCGGGGCUGGGGGUCUGAAAGAGAGAAGUUUGGCCGUCACUCACCCCGAGGGAAGCGGUGCGCAGACGGUCGUCCGCCUUUGGGCCCUGGGCAUCACCACAACGUGCCUUAACACUACGCCGGCGUGCGGCUGACGUGGCUCCGGCUGCGGGGAGUUGUGCUGCGCUCGGCCACUUCCCCUUCCUCGCCGUGCCAAGCGGCAGGGCAGUGCCGAACGCCUUCCUGGAGCGCGGCCCUGCAACGACAACACACCCCUCUGAGACCCUUCUUUUUCUUUUGUAAAGAAAAAACUGCAACUCUGACUUGUGAAUGUGCUGAUUUGAUUUAUUUUUUUCUGCACACUCCCAGUGAGUUUACUUAGCCCCUUCCUUGCCUGUAAAUAAAUUGUUUUGUAAAACUCUAUAUGAAGUGGAGACGCUCUAAUAAACUGGAAUAUUUUCUAAUA